ACUAGCGGCCGAUGCUACACGCGGGAAAUCGGAGGCUCUUCUCACAACAGUGACACAUCGGCCUGUCGAAGAGAUGGGAGACACACUCGAGUUCAAUGAGAUCUAUCAGGAGGUCAAAGGCUCGUGGAAUGACGGGAGGCUGCGUUUUAGCAAGCAGAAUGUUGUUUACAAGAGCAGUAAGACGGGAAAGGUGGACAGCAUCCCAGCUGGGGAACUCAACUUGGCUCAGUGGAGACGAGUGUGUUUAGGUCAUGGAAUCAAACUGGGCACCAGCUCUGGACACAUAUAUAAAUAUGAUGGCUUCAGGGACACGGACUUUGAAAAGAUCGCUGAGUUUUUCAAGUCAAACUACAAGGUGGAGCUGAUGGAGAAGGACAUGUGUGUGAAGGGUUGGAACUGGGGAACAGCCAAGUUCUCAGGCCCGCUGUUAUCUUUUGACGUGAACGACAACUCUGCGUUCGAGAUCCCACUUUCUAACGUGUCCCAGUGCGCCACUGGGAAGAAUGAAGUCACUUUGGAGUUUCACCAGAACGAUGAUGCAGAGGUCUCGUUGAUGGAGGUCCGGUUCUACGUCCCCCCCAGCCAGACUGACGAACGACAGGACCCCGUAGAAGCCUUUGCUCAGAACGUGCUCUCGAAGGCGGACGUGAUCCAGGCGACUGGAGAUGCCGUCUGUAUCUUCAAAGAGCUUCAGUGUCUCACACCCAGAGGAAGAUAUGAUAUUCGCAUCUAUCCGACCUUCCUUCACCUCCACGGUAAAACAUUUGAUUACAAGAUCCCUUACACCACCGUCCUGCGUCUCUUCCUGCUGCCACACAAGGACCAGAGGCAGAUGUUCUUUGUGAUCAGUCUGGAUCCACCCAUCAAGCAAGGUCAGACCCGCUAUCACUUCCUUAUCCUGCUGUUUUCCAAAGAGGAGGACAUCAGUCUCACCCUCAACAUGAACGAGGAAGAUGUCGAGCGUCGUUUUGAAGGAAAACUAAAAAAGAACAUGACGGGCUCUCUCUAUGAGAUGGUCAGCCGGGUGAUGAAGGCUCUGGUCAACAGGAAGAUCACUGUGCCUGGGAACUUCCAGGGACAUUCAGGUGCUCAGUGCAUCACAUGCUCCUACAAAGCAUCCUCAGGGCUCCUCUACCCACUGGAGAGGGGCUUCAUCUACGUCCACAAGCCCCCUGUGCACCUUCGUUUCGAGGAGAUCUCCUAUGUGAACUUUGCCCGUGGAAACACCACCACACGCUCCUUUGACUUUGAGAUCGAGACCAAGCAGGGGAACCAGUACACCUUCAGCAGCAUCGAGAGGGAGGAGUAUGACAAGCUGUUCGACUUUGUCAAUGCCAAGAAGCUCAACAUCAAGAACCGAGGCUUCAAAGAGGGCAUGAAGGGUAAAAAUGACGAGUACAGCGACUCUGACGAGGAUCAGCACGACGCCUACCUGGAGCGGAUGAAGGCGGAGGGCAAGAUUCGGGAAGAGGGUGAUGGCAGCGACGACUCCGACAGCGGAAGUGACGAGUCUUUCAAUCCUGGGGAGGAAGAGGACGACGUUGCUGAAGAGUACGACAGCAACGCUUCGGCAAGCGACAGCAGCGAGGACGACGAAGAGGGAAGUGAAGACGAUAGCCCCAAGAAGAAGGUGAAGGAAAAGGAGAAGGAGAGGAAAAAGCCUAAAGUGGUGAAGGAGAAAAAGGAGAGGAAGCCACGCAAAGAGAAGAAGCAGAAGAAGGAUGCCGGCGGCCCCAAGAGGCCCAUGAGCGCCUACAUGCUGUGGCUCAACAACAGCCGUGAGCGCAUCAAGUCCGAGAACCCCGGAAUCUCCGUCACCGAGAUCUCCAAGAAGGCCGGAGAGAUGUGGAGGCAGAUCAGCAAAGAGGACAAGGAGGAGUGGGAGUCCAAGGCAGCUGAGGCCAAGAGAGAGUACGAUCAGGCGAAGAAGGAGUACCAGGAGAGCGGAGCAGGAACUUCUUCACUUUCCAAGAAGGAAAGUAAGAAGUCUGGUAAAAAGGAGGAGAGGAAGAGGAAGUCUGCUGGAGGGGACAAGGAGAAGGACCGCGGAGGCAACGAUAGCUUCAAGAGCAAGGAGUUCAUUGAGACCAGCGAAAGUUCCUCAGACUCGGACCACAAGGCCAAGUCCAAGAAGAAGAGGAGGAAGGAGGAAUCUGAGGAAGAGGAGGAGGAAGCUGCGUCCACACCUGCCAGCUCCGAGGAUGAAGACUCUGACUAAACACACUCCUUCCUUCUUCACACAAGGAUCAAACUCCUUCAGUUUCUGUUUUUCAGACGGACAGACGUCUUUGUUUCUGCACAGAACCAGAGAAAUGUUUGGAGACACUGCAAAACCCUGAUGAUAUGACUUUUCUUUUUUAGUCCACAUGUUCGGUUUGUACAUGAACUGCGCCACUCAGAUGAUUUGGAGGACUGAUGUGGGGAAAUUGUGAUUCCAGCUCUCUCUUUUCUGCCCAAAAUAAAUAAAACAUUUUUUAAUAAAA